UGGCGGGCCGGAGGGGGCUCAAAGCCGACCGCGGCUCGGCUGCAGUCGGGUGUGCCGCGGGCCGCGACCACGACGGCCGACCACGACGACAUCCCGCUGGUGGUCCAGAGCGGCCACCAUCUGCCGCUGCCAUGUCGUAACAUGAUGGGCUACAACAACCAGGGCCACGGAUACAACAAGUUGUUUACGCAGGGCUCAGCUGAUUCAAACUAUUCACAACCAUCCUCGGAACUGUCGCUAGACGAAGAUAAAGAGUCUGAGCGCCGCAAGGCAGAGGCGCAGGCUCUCCAACAGUUGGAAAAGGCGAGGUCGAAGCCGGUGGCGUUCGCAGUGCGGACGAACGUGGAGUACGAUGGCUCGGUGGACGACGACUCGCCGGUGCACGGCUGUGCCAUCACCUUCAAAGUGCGGGACUUCCUCCAUAUCAAGGAGAAGUACGACAACAACUGGUGGAUCGGGAGGAAGGUGGACGAGAAGUGUGAUGUGGGCUUCAUCCCGUCCCCGGUCAAGCUGGAGUCGGUGCGGUCGGGGUUGGCUGCGCGCGGCCGGUACCCCCGCCCGCCGUCCGCCAUGGCACAACCGCUCCCCAGUCGAGGUAGCACUCCCCCCUCGCCCGAUGUGCCGACCGAUCGAGGAGACGAUGACGCGCGCGGUGCGGCGGCGCUCGCGGCUAACAAAGACAAAAGAAAGAAUUUCUUCAAGAAGAAUGAGCCCUGCACGCCCUACGACGUGGUGCCUUCUAUGAGACCAGUAGUCUUAGUGGGACCGUCCCUCAAGGGCUACGAGGUGACGGACAUGAUGCAGAAAGCCCUCUUUGACUUCCUUAAAAGACGAUUUGAGGGCAGGAUAAUAAUAACCCGCGUGAUGGCCGACAUAUCGCUAGCGAAGCGGUCACUUUUCAACAACGCUUCGAAGCGUGCUAUCGUGGAGCGUUCGAACGCACGUACUUGCAUCGUUGAAGUCCAGACCGAGAUCGAGAGGAUUUUCGACUUGGCCCGAACUCUUCAGCUGGUGGUCCUGGACUGCGACACCAUCAACCAUCCCUCACAACUCGCGAAAACCUCUUUAGCACCAACUAUUGUUUAUUUAAAGAUAUCUAGUCCUAAGGUUUUGCAAAGGCUAAUCAAGUCUCGCGGCAAGGGUCAGAGCAAGAACCUGUCGGUGCAGAUGGUGGCAGCGGAGAAGCUGGCGCAGUGCCCCGACGAGAUGUUCGACCUCACCCUGGACGAGAACCAGCUAGAGGACGCCUGCGAACACAUGGCUAAGUUCUUAGAAGAUUACUGGAGGGCGACGCAUCCACCCGUGGCGGCGCCGGAGCGCGCGCCGGCCGCGCCGCUGCCGCACCCACAUGCGCACGCGCAGCCUGAACCCCCCACACACUCCGGAGGGCACCGCGAGAGGUCCGACUCCUACUAUGAGUCGAGGGAAAGAGGCGUGAGUCGAUCGCGGGCCCCGCGGCCGGAGAGGCUGGACGAGGAGGAGUACUACCCGCGCGAGAGGGACUACCACCGCUACCCGAGGGACUAUCCGCGGGACUACCACGAAGGCUACGCGACCGACUACCCGCCCGAGCCGUACGAGCGGGAGGCGUACGGGCACGACUACACGCGCGACUACCCCCGCGACUACCCGCGCGACUCGUACCCCGCGCGCGACGAGCGCCCGCCGCGCCGCGACCGCGACGGCUCCGACGAGUACGGCGCCUCCCGCCGCGCGCUCAACGCCGUGUGAGGCGCCCGAGGCCCGCUCCGCGCUAUACUCCCGCCGGCCUGAGCUGAGCUUCUACACGUUUUGCCGUACUUUCGCUGUCCGCUUCGUCUCGUUUAGCUUCUACGAUGCCAGUGAAACUAGUGAGAGGCCGCAGCUAUUUUUGGGACGCGUCUAUUUUUGGGGGCACCGGCCGCGUUAGUGUUAAAAUUAGUAGCUGGCCUUUCGGGAGCUCCGUCUAGACCUCCUCGUAUAGGAACGUUUUGCCCAGGUAGAGUACCUUCGCGCGAACGGUUUCGGUAUUUUCCGCAACGACGAAAUUUCCGCCCGGAAUAUAGCGCGGAGCGCGUGUUUAAUAUUUUCAUGUUUUCGUAUUCGUUGUCGCGCAUCCCGCGUCUCGCUGAGCUUUAGUGACACGCUUCGCGACUGUGGUGUGUGAAAGUCCUGCUCCGGUGAUCGAACCCACUCGUAUCAUAGUUAAUUAUCUAUGCCAAACGAAUGCCGUCGGACGGGAAUUCGAUUUAUUAUAUUUAAAGCACCAUAGAUAAGUACCUCCCCGACACUUUUCAGCUUCGAAUUCGUCGAAACGAGUAGAUCAUGUCCGAUGAAGGCCGUUCCCCGCUCUCCGUACGUUUUAAAGUUUUGAGCUCAUCUCUAGAUACUUUUAAAGAUACAAAUAAAAGACUAUUUUGAUCACGAUUUCGAUUUUGCUAAAAUAAAUUUUGUAAAGACACUUCAAAGUGAGGGGGUGAACUGUGCAGAUGUUUUCCGGUGGAUCAUGACUCGCUCCGACAGUACCCGAGCUUCGAAAUUUCACUUUGAAUCGUCGUGACAUCCCCGGGCUUAAGAAUGUAAGAAUAUAUAUAUGUAAAUGGUUAAGUAAAAUAUAGGACUUUCAUUCGUGUGUAUGUGUAUGGACAUAGCGAAGUCGUUGAGAGGGAUAGGUGUAUGUAAGUGUUGGGUACGACCGCGCCAGUCAACAUGCGCUAGGCGAGGAGCUCGCGUCGAUUGUAAAUUCGGAUAAAUGAUAAUUUUAGUGCCGUUCGAUAUUAUCCGUUUCCCAUUUUUGGAACAUACUUACAUACUCUUGUAAUUAUAAUGCAUCGUCUGUACUUCAUUGUUGCAAUCAUUUGUAAAUAAAUACUUUAUAUCGAAA